AUGUUAUUAAGAUUAUUUUCAAAGGUAAAAAAGUUUAAAAUAAUAUUAAAUUUUACAGUUAUAAAUGCUGAUACUCUUUUAGAAUUUAAAUUAUAUGAUUUUACCAUUCCAGAUACUAAUGCUAUUAAAGAAAAGAAUAGGUUGAAAUUUACUAAAGAUUAUAAUAACAACUAUAAAGAUUAUAGUACUAAUAAGUUUUUAUCUGAUAAUGAUACUAAAUAUGAGUAUAAUUAUAAAAUUUUUAUUAAGUUAGAAAAUAAUACAACUCUUCUAGCAAAGUUCAAUUAUUAUAUUCCAUUUAAACCUGAAAAGACUACAGGAACAGGCACACAAUUAGUAGAUAAUCAUAACUUUGAAAAAUUUCAAGCCAAUUACUAG